AUGCUUGAAAAUUUAUUAAAGUUAUUUCAAAAAUAUCGCAAAACCGAACCAACAUCAUUAUUUAUAUUGAAAAAUUUCGUGUUAACAUUACUUUUUAUCGCUUUACUUGGAUACACUUGGUUAAUAAUUUGGGGCAUUUAUGAUGAUAAUCCUGUCAUUCAAAAUUCUUUAGAAGAAACAAAUUAUAUUCCUGCUCCAGGUGGUAGUCACGAUUGUAAUCAAUAUGUAGCGUAUGGUGUUCUUGCUAAUGGGAGGUCUAUGGGUGGUUUUUUGGCAAAUGAUUUAAUGUUUUCCUCGGUACCCAAUAAUGGAAUAAGCUCUCUGGAAUUUAAGAUUUAUUUGAACGAUACUAGGUUUAAUAUGAGUGAUAGUACUACUGCUAUUAAGCCGUGGGGAUGGAUUCAAAAAUAUGGAUUUAAAAUAAAUAAAUCAGUACAAACAAAAUUGCAAACAAGUUUAAAAGUUAUUCCUCUUAUUCAUCAUCCAAAAACUACUAAUAAACCAAAUAUCUAUGAAUUAAAGAGAAGACUUGAUUCAUUGCAACUAUUGCUAACGGAAUAUGUUGUUAAUGUACAAUAUUUGGAAGAGAUUUAUAAAGCCAAUUUAAAUAAAAAAGGCGCACCUUAA